AUGUGUUUUCCAAUUAUGCUUGGCUCGAUGAUUGAUUUACACUUACGACCCCAACAUGAAUUAGAUCCUGAUGUAUUUGGAUGUUUCAUCAUUAAUGGUUCAUUAAAAAUUUUACCGAAUUUUCAAACAAAUAAUUUAAAUUCUAUACACAUUUAUAGUUAUAAAGAUGAACGUUGUGUUCGUUGGGUUGUAAAAACCAGUAGUAAUACAUGUCGUCUGUACUACUCUACAGUAAAAUCAGAACAAGUUUUAUGUGAGUUCACUGAUAGUACAAGCUUAAAUAACACUUCAACUGAUGAUGAUUGUUUCUUUUCAUUUUUAGAGUUUGAUAAAAAUGAUCGAAAUGACAACUCCCGUAAAAAAAAUCCUGAUGAUUCGAACAAAGACAAUGAAAAUUGGAUUAACUUCAUUAACCAUGUUAAUCCUUAUAAUUGUAAUGAUACCACAGUAGAAACAUACAUCGACGUAUUUCAAUUAUUGUUGAAAGACUAUCCGCAAAUAGAUGACUUAGCGAAUAAAACUAUUAUAACAGCUCCUAUGAUCCUUUAUCGAGUUGUGACUAUGACUAAGCAUACGAAAUUAAAACAAAUUUUUGAGAGUGGUAAUCUUUUUUACGUUUUAUCAAAGAAAAAACACAUGACAUUAAUUAAAGAUUUUGCGAACAUGUAUUUGAAUAUUGAAGGUCAAAAGCAUGAUAAAAUUCGAUAUACUUUAGAUUUGACAAAGCGGUCAAUUAACCGGCAGACAAGGAAUAGCAAAGCGUUGCUGUACCCACGCGAUGCUGAUUACUUUAUAUGUUAUUUAACAUGCAAAGAAAUGAAAGAUGCAGGUGAGACAAUCAGUUUUGCUCAUUAUGUCACUAUCACACUUCCGAUCAAUGAAAAGUUAAUUCAACAAGAGAUAUUCCAAUCUCAUGAAUAUGAUACUCCAGGUGGCUUACGAAUUAUUAUCAAUGGCUUUCUAACUAAUUGUUACGUUGAAAACUCUCUGAUCUCUUUGAUAAACUUUAAGCGACGACUCCCCAUGAUAACAUUUUUUCGCUUAGGACAUCGGUAUUUAUUCACAUAUACUAAGGGGUAUGUCUUAGUUAAGUACAGCAGUAAGUAUAAUAUAUUUGUGUCGCCAUACGAAGCACAAAAUUUGUUUCCUGACUGUUUCGAUAAUUACUCACAGUUUAGCCGUUUUGGUUGUUUUGCUCGACAAUUAUCAUCAUCUAUACUAAAAACACCACCUCCAAAAUGCACUGUUACAAUAAAUAAUAUACGAGGUGCAUGUAAUGUGUUAAAUAGUAGAUUUAAAGCCCAAGCUUUUCUUACAUCAAUUGGUUACAAUAGUGCUAUUAUUUAUCAACGUCAUGGGGAAAAUGAACUGCUCUCCCUGAAUAAAAAAUAUUCAAGAAUAUCAUUGUGCAAAAAUAACAAUAAUUCUGAUGGCGGUGAAGGAAAAUUAUUACCUAUCGCUAGAGAAAACCAUAUUGCGUUUGCAUGGCUAAAAUACGCUGAGAGAUGGGAUAUUAAGCCAAAUAAUCAAUCAAUACUUGACAAUUAUUUCAAAGAGUUAGAUGCUACGAUACUUAAGUCACCGCAAUCAGCCAUACCCCGCGACGGAAGUGAGUUUUUUGGUGUUAUUACCAGUAUGAUUGAUCCAAACGCGGAUGCCAGCAAUGAGUUUUAUUUAGAAUUUUUAAAAUCCAUUUUGCCUACUAAAUAUUUGUUUAUUGAUAAUCGAUUCUCUCUCAUUAUGAACAAUGAUGAAAAUGAAGUUAAUUUGCUUCAUCGGGCUACUGUGAAAACGAUAACCAAUAUACCCGAAUACAAGCAACAUCUUCGAGUCUUAAUCAACAAUGACAGUAUAGUGAUACCUCUGUAUAAUUAUACACCAUUAACCAUCAGCAGUAUUAAUGAAAUUGAUAAUAUUAGUACAGAAACAACGUGCAAAUCACCAGAACGCCUACGAAAGAAACGGAAGUACAAUCGUAACAGUUAUACUAUAACAGCACCUCAAAAAUUGUGUAAUAAGUCUUUCAAGUCACAGAGGAUUCAAAAUUCUUCGAUGUUUAAAUCUAUGGAAAUCAUGACAGAAUGUGAAGAUUACUACAAUUUGUAUACUACCAAGUUGUUCAGUUUGUUAUGCAGCAACGACUACACUGAUCGAAAUACAAAUCAACUAGUAUUAUAUUGUGCUUUUGGAGAUGUCGGUGGUGGCUGUAUUGAAGAUGGUAUUAUAUUGGAUAAGACUUUCGUGGCUAAUGCGCCAAAUAAAUUGAUUUCAGUUACAUUGGCCGUAAAAUUUAUGACUCAAGAUUCUGGUUACAAUGCGCAUGAUAAAAAACAUACUCAUUUUCAAUCUGAAAAAAGUAACGCAUCAGUAAAAAAUGAAAACGAUAUAAAUACCGGUCGGAAGAGUAGAAGAAAUAGUAAAUCAUUACAAUUCCUUAAUGUGAAGUAUUCACCAAUCAAUCGUGAAAUAGAUAAGUGUCUUAUCUUUGGAGUAAUUUCAAGUAAUCAAAAACUGCUUACUUUCAAGAGCAAAAAUGUUAAUAUUGUCGAAACUAAUUUGAAAACUCAUAAUUUUUAUGUUAUCUAUUGUGUUGAAUUUACGCACUACGAAAAAACUAUAGAAUCUUACUACAAUGAAAGUACUAAUACGUUAAUAAUUCACUAUCGAUAUUUGAGACCUAUUGGAAUCGAUAUGAAAUUUUGUAACAAACAUGGUCAAAAAGCAAUUGUUUCAUGUGUUCGAGACCUAAGUUAUUACCGUGCUUGGACAAGAAGUGGUAAAUGUAUCCAUCCACAAGUUUUAUAUAGUAUGCAAAGUGUUAUCGGGCGGAUGGCCGCUGGUCAAGUUCAUGAAAUGCUAUCAAAUGAAGAGUGUGGGUUUAGUGAAAAUGGUGAAGUAGUGGCACCUAUGUCAUUUGUAAUUCAUUCUGUAGAAUCUUCAGUUAAAAGUAAAAUAACAGCAGCAUUGAGAAUAGAUUUAAUGACUCAGCAAAAUGGUUUUGAUGCAAAUAUGUGCACUGGAUUAGCUUUAUUAGCUACCACACAACAUGCAGGAAAUUUUACCGAUAGUUAUGCACGACUACAUUAUUUGAAAGAAUUAUUCAAAUUAAAUGGUAUAAAUUUCGAAUUUUUAUAG